GUAGUCGCAGAAACACAACAGUUGAUGUUGGUCUUUUCGAUUCGCGAGCGCGCGCUCCAUUUACCUCCCUGGGCGUGCUCGUAAAGGUGACGUCAGGGUUACUCCCAAUGCCCAUAUAAGUUAUUAAAAAAAACGGCGAUGAGCGGAGACGAGGAAAGAUUCAAACUGGUGGUGGUGGGCGGUGGAGGAGUGGGCAAGAGCGCCCUUACCAUCCAGUUCAUUCAGUCCUACUUUGUGUCAGACUACGACCCGACCAUUGAAGACUCCUACACGAAGAUCUGCACUGUGGAUGGAAAGGAUACCCGGCUGGACAUCUUGGAUACAGCAGGUCAGGAGGAGUUUGGGGCAAUGAGGGAGCAGUACAUGCGCUCAGGAGAAGGCUUCUUGCUGGUGUUUGCACUCAACGACCGGGGGAGCUACCAUGAGGUCCAGAAGUUUCACACCCAGAUUCUUAGAGUGAAGGAUCGUGAUGAUUUCCCCAUGCUGCUGGUCGGAAACAAGGCAGAUCUGGAGCAGCAAAGAGUGAUCUCUAGGGAGGAUGCUCAGGCAUUUGCCAGAGAAAACCGGAUCCACUACAUGGAGGCUUCUGCUAAGAACCGCUACAAUGUGGAUGAAGCCUUCAUGGAGCUAGUGCGAAUUGUCAGAAGGUUUCAGGAGAUGGAGUGUCCUCCCCCUCCAGCUCAUCACGCUGGGAAACAGAAGAGCGGUGGCUGCCCCUGCGUCCUCCUCUAAGCACCGUUACUAUGGACACCAAAGCCUCUCCAGCUUGUCCAAAAAGAAGUGUGAGCAUUUGUGUGAGACAGUGGGUUAGAGCGAGGGAGAGACAGGAUUAAGGUGCCUCAUUUUACUACCGAAUGGUUUCAUUUGCACUUUUACCAAAAGCAACUUGUAAAUCAGUAUAGUGUAUUUUAGUCGAAAGGAAGAGCUUUCAACAGCAGCAGAAGUAGUUCUGUUGGUGACAUGGGAUAAUAAUGAUGUGACUGUGUAUAGUUACAGUCCAUAAAUAGAAAUAUCCACACAUUAUGGUGGGCUAUAAAUAUGUUGUUGCUGUUGUGGUAUUCGGGUACUAAUGUCAGCAGAGACAUUACCGUAAUCGGUACUCUAACUCCUGCCAUAAUGGUGAGUUAGUAUAAAGUAAAGUAAGUCAAUCCACAUACAGGUACAGUCAUGGAAAUGGUGAGUGUGGCACACCCAAUCACGAGACAUGUGCGGUCAUGUUCCAAGGCGCCCUGCAGGGGGUAGCAGAGCACAGCAACGCCAAAGCAUUGGAAUUGAAAAGUGAGCAAACGUCAAUGCCGCAUUAGAUUCCGUUCAUGUUUUUUUUUGUUUUUUUUUGGUGCCAUUUUUUUCAUUUGGGGUGCCAAAAAUUGCAGCCAGUGUGACUGCCUCAAACACUGUAAACGGAGCUUCCGACCAUUUCAAAAUAAAUUCUUGACAGUAUUAGUAUCAAGGGUUGAUGCAGGGGGGUGCACUCAACCACACAUUGCAGAACUACCAAACUCAUAUUCUGCAUUCAUGCAUUUCAAUAUCUGGGUGAUGGGCAACCAGCUUUUGGGUUGGUCACAUUUUCAGGAUUUGUUGUUUUGAGAAGUGUGGUAAAAAAUGUAUUUUGGGCAUGCAGUUUAUACCUUAUUCAAACCUUCAUUCAAUUCCAUAAAUAUUUGUAAAUGGUUCACAUGAACAUCUUGACCGAACAAGUAGACCGCUCAUCAUAGUUUAUUCGUGCUUAUGCUUUAUAUUAUGAAUAAACGGAAGGUUUCGUAUCUUAUCACGUGCUCUCCUUUCUAAAGGCACAAUGGAGGGACUUGGUAUUGUUAUCGCUCCUAUGCUGAAUGAAGCAACCAAGGAAAACGGAGGACUAGGCUACUGUAUGCAGCUGUACCACACUCGUGCUUUUUGUUAUGAAACGUAACCCCUUGUUAAUAUUUACCUCUUAGUCCUUGUCCACUUUACUGUGCCACUGACUGGUGUCUGCAUCUUCCUCUUGGGCAGUGUCUUUCCUAUUAUAAAUGCUGACGCACUAAAGCCAUUUCAUUUUUCAAACUGAAUUGUCCCCAGAACUCCAUUGAGUUGUUUACAAGGCAAAUGUGUUGUAUCUAAUUCGAUCAAUAACACGUUAAUAUAAAAUAAAAUAAAAUAAAUAAAUUUGAAUUUGUCUGUGACAUUUUAUAGGGAAUAAAUGUCUCCCAUGCUGAAA